AUGUUUAUCAGCAAACCAGCAUACAACUGUUCUUUGGCUUUGAUACAAUCAUCCAACGAGACCUAUCUCGGCGCAGGCUAUGGCUGUUCAAAUUCUCUUUCGUGCUUGUCUCAAACUCUGGACCAACUGGCAAAACAACUUGCAAGCAGCGAGGCUUUAUCCGAUCAUACGCUUUCUAUUGUCACGGCGCUUAUCAAUCAUGAGCAGGUAGCGGGGCACUACGUCGAAGCUGGGGCUCAUGUGAAAGGUAUGAAGAGAAUUGUUGACCUCCGUGGGGGAUUGGAUAAGAUACAAGAUGGUGCUGUAGCGACCAAGAUUUGCCGGACUGAUAUUCUGUUUACUUUGCAACAAGGUGGCCACCCGUUAUUCUACCGCGACAGGAUGGAUGAAAUACAAAAUUCUUUAUUAUCGCGAGGCUUCACGUUGCAGAGCGCAGAAGGACACAAAUUUCUAUCAAACCAGCCCGUACUCAAACAAGCCUUCCACGAUGUCAUAGGAAUCUGCAACCUAUUUAACCAGCACAUCGACAAAAAGCCUCUGGAUCUAGUCGAAUUUCAAGAGGUUUUGACAUCUAUCUGCUACCGACUCUUGACAUUCAGGACACUGAAUGAAUCCAGGCUCAUACGAGACGUCGAAUCAGCACACCACAUCGGAUUGCUGGUAUUCAUGAUGUCACUUUUCUGGAACAACCAUCAAAACUGGCUUGCUAAGCCGGGAAUGAUAGCAGCCUGCAUCAGAGAAGCUUUGCAAGUGGUAGAUGAUCUUGAGGGAGGGUUUUUCUUUUGGCUGUUACUUUUGGGAGGGAUUUCCGUCUCUGGGGAAGACGAUAUGCUAUGGAUGGUGAUGAGACUACAUGAGAAAGCCCAAAAUCUUGGUGUUGUAACGUGGAACGAUGCACGGAAUUACUUGCUAGAGUUUCCCUGGAUGAACGUUAUCCAUGAUGCAUCGGGAGAAAAGCUGUGGAAUAAGCUAAUCAUAUCUUGUUAUCGUGUACGACCUAUUGCCGAAUUGAGUAACACCCUCGUCAUGCCUUCUACUACACACUCAGAGUUUGGAACCAACACCGAGGCUAUCGAAGUUGCCAAAGCUUUUCCUAAUGGCAUCCGUGGUAAAACUAUCCUUGUCACGGGUGUUAACCGUGGUGGGAUUGGCUUCUCAACCGCCCAAGCAUUUUCUACGCAGGACCCGGCUCUCAUCAUCAUCGCCAACCGCACCCAGUCUAAAGCAAAUGAUAGCAUCGACACCCUCAAAGCUGAAUUUCCAAACGUCAAAUACCGCUUUCUAGAAGUAGACCUCUCUAGACAGACGUCUGUUCGAAAGGCAGCUGAACAAGUCUUAUCAUGGUCUGAUGUCCCAACUAUUGAUUUAGUCAUCAACAGCGCUGGUGUGAUGGGCAUUAAUGAGCGCACCAUCACUGACGAUGGUCUUGAAAUGCACCUCGCCACAAACCAUAUCGGACAUUGGCUUCUUACAUGCCUCAUCAUGCCCAAGCUCAUCAAAGCGGCAGAGGAUAAACCAAAAGGAUCAGUCAGAAUUAUCAACAUCACCUCCGCUUCACCAAUGAGAUCUGCGAUGCGCUGGAGUGACAUGAAUUUCGACAAAAAGAACAAAGACCUUCCCGAAGAAGAACAACCCGUGUAUCAAUAUUUGAAGCUCUGGGGCUACACCGACGUUGAAGAUUCAACUUAUCUUCCCCUAGAUGGCUACAACCGCAGCAAAGUCGCCAAUGUACUUUUUGGCAUCGGUGCGACCAAGCGGCUCUUCAACAAGUACGGAAUCCUGUCACUUUCCGCUCACCCGGGUGUUAUCUGGGGCACCGAACUCGGGAGGAAUUUCCCACAAGAGACUAUUGACGCUGCAAAGAAAAUGGGCGAAAAAGGUGAAGGAGAGGGGAAUCCUGGAUCGUACCUCGUGGACUGUCAGAUCAGUGAUCAAGCGAAUCCACUCGCUGUUUCGAGCAGUGAGGCUGAGAGACUGUGGGAGUUUUCUGAAAAGGCUACUGGAAAUCAGGGUGCGGAUCAUCCUGUCGGCUACUUUGUUGGCUAUACUAUGUCGGCGUCUCCACCUAGCGGCUCGUCCAAGAGGCGGGUUCGCACAGAAGCUCAGAUGAGCCAGAAGCGACUAGCCGACCGCGUCAAACACAGAGAGAACCGCCAGGAGCACAAGUUACGGAUGGAGAGGAUGGAGGCGGAUAUUGCGCAGAUCAGAAGGAAUCUCGAUACUGUAUCUGCGCAGCUACGAACAUUGCCCCAGAUUGGCGCCGACUUGAUGGCCUCACAACAACAGCAGCAGCAACAACAACAACAACAAAGACCGCCUCAAAGACAGACUACCAACUUCGCCAGUCAUCCCCCUGGUGAAUCUUAUGAAAUGGACACCAGCACCAACGUCAACGAAACCCCGGACUUCCCCGCGCGAUCUGCAUCCAACGGCCCAGGUAGAGCCUCGCCUCGUCCCGAACACGACAUGCCAAUGCCACCUCCCGAGGUCAUGUCAAGCUUAUUCCCUGCGCCGUCGCACGUGGACUGUCGAUGCGGAGUGCAGCAUCACUCGCAGGCCGACUGCCUAGAGUACCGCAGCUUCGCCAUCCUGUACGAAACCCAUGCCGCGUUUCCCCAGGAUCCUCUGCAUGCGCGAUCCCUGCCCAAGAACCCUGCGUUACCUAAUAUGACGCUUCACUCGUACGGCGACAACGCUGUCACAUGCUUUCUCACUUCUUUUCUCAAGGGGUUCGAGAUGGCGAGUGUGGAGACUUUGUUUGGCGUUUAUUUCUUUGCCUAUCGACUUAUGAGGUGGCGCUUACAUCCUGAUCCUAUGACAUUGAAGGACGUGCCGCCGUGGCUUCUCCCAACCGAGGUUCAGAAUACAUAUCCUCAUCCCGUGAGCAUCGAUUACAUCCCUUGGCCCGACCUCCGCGACUUUCUCUGUACGAAUCCACGUAUCAAAUCUCGGCAUUCCGUCAAGAUGUAUCUUGAGUCUCUACAGUUGAAAUGGCCGCCUGGAUGUUCUCUCAUGACCAUGGAAGGGGGUCAGUACAUGUUGGUCAAGUUUCGCGCGAUGCUAGGACAGUCUGCGCAAUCUCUCGGUAAAGAAUCACUGUAG